GCAUCGAAUGGUUUGGAAAAGUGUUAGUCGUGAUCAAAUGACGCCCCCUUACUGGCUUUUAAGCCCACUUGCACCAGCAGCAUCCGCUCCAGUGGUCAUGAAGUGAGGACUCCUCUACAAACCGGCCAAAUAAAUCUUGGUGGGACCGUACGAUAAUGAUGACAAUGAACCUAAUUCUUCGAUUAUGCAUUUGGAGCACUUGUGUCGCCCAACUCUUUUCCACCCACAUCAUCUUGAGCACAUCUGACAAGGUCAAACGAGAUGUCAUCUUACCCCAACCUCCAGGAUCCAACGAGGACGUUUUGGAGGAUGACAGUUCCUCGUCGGAAGUUGUAAAUCUCAACUCAACGGGUUCAUCCUCAGCAGAAAUCAAAUCUGAGACAACAUUUGGUCAAGAUAGAUUAUCCGAUCUGAAGAUCAUCGAUCAAUUACUGCGAGCGUAUGACCGACGAGCCACACCCACCAACAAAAUAGGCAGACCAACUGAAGUCGGGUGCGAGUUAUUCAUCCGGAGUUUUGGAUCGAUCAGCGAGAAAACCAUGGAUUACCAAGUGGAUUUAUACCUCCGCCAACACUGGGAGGAUCCCCGACUUAAUCACAAGGCCAUAGCCGAGGCCUUAGAUUUGAACGACCCCAAAUUGGUUCAAGCCAUCUGGAAGCCCGAGGUUUACUUCCCCAAUGCCAAGGAGGGCGAAUUUCAAUACGUGACGGUGCCCAACGUGUUAUUGAGGAUUAAGCCCAAUGGGCAAAUUCUGUACAUGCUCCGACUGAAGAUGAAGUUUUCGUGCAUGAUGGAAUUGAACAAAUACCCCUUGGACGUUCAAGUGUGUACUAUGGAGAUAGCCUCAUUCUCAAAAACCACAAGGGAGCUCUUACUCGCUUGGAACAAGGAGAACCCCGUGGACUUGAGCUCAGAUCUGAAAAUGCCCCAAUUCACGAUGGAACAGGUCGUCACGGACCAUUGUGAGGAAUUGUCCCUCAUAGGAAAUUACAGUUGUCUCGUUGCCAAGUUUCACCUUUCUCGCUCAGUCGGAUUUCAUAUGGUCCAAUCCUACAUUCCGACUAUUCUGAUUGUGGUCAUAUCCUGGGUCUCUUUUUGGAUGGACGUUGAUGCAGUACCUGGUCGGACCACUUUAGGAGUCACCACACUUCUCACCGUCUCCAGCAAAUCAGCGGGACUUAAUGCUGAGACCCCUCAAGUCUCUUAUGUGAAGGCAAUCGAUGUAUGGAUGGGGGCGUGCACAGCCUUCAUAUUUGCCGCUCUCAUUGAGUUUACCGUGGUCAACUACAUGUGGAGGAGACAGAAAUUGGGCUUCACCAUGAAUCAAGCUACAGCUGCAGCUGAAGCAGCCGCAGCUGCCAGUGGCGCCACCGCAGUCUCAUCUGGAGGCCAAUUUGGACAUAAGGGCAUGGCUUUUACCCUCGACAAUUCCGUCUUUGCCGACCCUAAUGAGGACGAAAAUGAUGAAGAUGGUGUGGGCGAGACCCCAAUGCUAGGCGAAGAUAUGGAACUUACUCGGAAUCAACGCGUGAGUCAUUUGACCUCCUCACAUCUGGCCAAAGGCGCUGAAAUAACUUCUGGUCACAAUGGACAAAGUUUUUCGGCUUCAUCUCACCUCAGGGAAGGCACUGAUGGUCGGAUUCCGGAAACUGGAGAGCGUAUGCCGACAAACACGACGACCACGAUGACGAUGAUGAAGAACCCUUCGUCCUCAUAUGGAAUGCCUCGUUUGACGGUAGCAGACCAGAUGAGGCUGUUUCGGUACCAAAAGAACGGCAAGAACUACUUCGCUUCCUGCGGCAUUCGGUUCGAUGAGUCCUGUCGAGUGCUCUUCCCCUCUCUAUUCAUUUGCUUCAACAUAUUCUAUUGGUGGUAUUAUCUCUACUACUAAGGCCCUACAGGACAGAAUAAUAGAAUAGUGAUCUCGCCCCUCCUGAAGAACAUUGUUACAUGGAGUUCGAUGGUUGUGCCGUAGAUUUCAUAGCUCCAGUGUAUUGUAAAACAAGUAGAUCGAGUCAGAUUGCCUAUAAAGCUCCAACCCAUUGAAAAACACAUUAAGCCUAAAGCUUAACACCUUAGGGCAUUGAUUAUUUUUUUGCUAAAUCCGGUUUACUUUCGAUUUAAUGCCCAACAAACAAUUUCAUCCCGAUUAAAGAACGCUUAUUGUGGCUAAAGUCAGUGGCUUGACCCCCACUUUGCUCUAUAUAUAUGUAUAUGUAAUAAAGCCGUAGUUAUCAUGAAAUACCUUA